UCCUGCGUUACCUCUACGUGCGCGCGGCCGACAUCCAAUCGCGACCGUUAGCUCGGGCCAGGCGAAUGCGGUGGUACCAAAGAGGAGAGCGAUCCGAGCGGCCGUCGUCACCGGGUGAUGUGAAAAGUCACAAUAUCACAGUGAAACCAGGCUUCUCCGUCGCUCGCUCGGACCCGUCGAGGGGAAAUGAGAAUCCGCCAUUUGUCAGAGGUGUCUGCGCUCUCUCCCGUUCCGUUCUCAAAAUGGCGGACAGGGCCGAGCGCUAAGCUAAGUGCCGAAGUUGUCACUCGCGAGAGCGUCGCUCUGGACACCGGACGUGAACGCAAAUCCAAUGGUGAUGGGCACGUCUGAUCGCUGAGUGAGAUUUGGGCCAUCGUGAAUACUCGUGGAGUCUGGUCCCGACAGUUGAUUGACAGCAGCACCUCCGGUUUACCUCCCUCUGCGUGGCCCCCCUCCCCCCUUUUUUGUGCCACCAACGAGUCUCUGAAGGAAAAAAAUCACCAAGGGAUCAGGAACCUCGUCAUCACACACUUCCCAGCCAGAAUCCCCGAGUACCUCGCCUCACCCUCACCUCCCCAAGAGGGAGAGAACAGCAGCCGCCAUGGUGCUGUCACAGAGACAAAGAGAUGAACUAAACCGAGCUAUAGCCGACUAUCUCCGUUCCAAUGGAUACGAGGAGGCCUAUUCCACCUUCAAGAAAGAGGCAGAGAUAGAUAUGAAUGAAGAGGUAGAUAAAAAGUAUGCAGGGCUUUUGGAAAAGAAAUGGACCUCAGUCAUCAGAUUACAGAAAAAGGUGAUGGAGCUGGAGUCAAAGUUAAAUGAGGCGAAGGAGGAGAUGACACAUGGAGGACCUGUGGGUCAGAAGAGAGACCCCAAGGAGUGGAUCCCCCGUCCCCCAGAGAGAUAUGCCCUGAGUGGGCACCGCGCUCCGGUCACGCGUGUCAUAUUCCACCCAGUCUUCUCCGUCAUGGUCACAGCCUCCGAGGAUGCUACCAUCAAGGUGUGGGAUUAUGAGGCCGGGGACUUUGAGCGGACCCUGAAGGGCCACACAGACUCUGUGCAGGACAUCUCCUUCGACCAGACAGGGAAGCUGUUGGCUUCAUGUUCAGCCGACAUGAGCAUCAAACUCUGGGACUUUCAGGGUUUCGAGUGUAUCCGAACAAUGCAUGGCCACGAUCACAACGUGUCGUCUGUAGCCAUCAUGCCAAAUGGUGACCACAUAGUGUCAGCCUCCAGAGACAAGUCCAUCAAGAUGUGGGAGGUGGCCACCGGGUACUGUGUGAAGACCUUCACAGGCCACAGGGAGUGGGUGAGGAUGGUGCGUCCCAACCAGGACGGCUCGUUGAUCGCCAGCUGCUCCAACGACCAGACGGUGCGUGUCUGGGUGGUCGCCUCGAAGGAGUGCAAAGCCGAGUUGCGGGAACACGAACACGUGGUGGAGUGUAUCGCCUGGGCCCCCGACAGCGCUCACCCCACCAUCCAGGAGGCCACAGGCUCCGAGAGCAAGAAGAGUGGAAAGCCUGGCCCCUUCCUUCUCUCUGGGUCCAGAGAUAAAACCAUUAAGAUGUGGGACGUCAGCAUUGGCAUCUGCCUUAUGACUCUGGUGGGACAUGACAACUGGGUCCGUGGGCUGUUGUUUCACCCUGGAGGAAGAUUCAUAUUGAGCUGUGCUGACGACAAAACCAUCAGGAUCUGGGACUACAAGAACAAACGCUGCAUGAAGACCCUGUGUGCCCACGAACACUUUGUUACCUCUCUGGAUUUCCACAAGACUGCGCCCUACGUGGUGACGGGCAGUGUCGAUCAGACAGUCAAAGUGUGGGAGUGCCGCUGAGACUGCCUCCGUCUCUUGCCCUGCCCUGCCUCUUACACCCUGCCCCACCCUUCUCCUGCACCUCCGCCCUCUUCCCUCUGUCCUGACACCCAGCCCAGCCCCUCACCUCUCGCACUACAAACCAUAGUUGACCAUGGCGCUUUACCUUCUCCCCGUCCCCCCUCCCUCUCCCUCUCUACUCCCCUACAUCAGUCCAGCCCUAUUAAGAUGACUAUUGUCCUUUUAUGUAAAUUAUUCUGGAUGUAGGGUACGCUUAAUAAAUGUCACGCAAUCUCUGACACAUAAACACACUCAAAAGAUAAGAAGUAUUCCUUGCAUGGUGAAACAAAAAAAAAUUGUAUACUGUUAAAUUUGCCGAAUUUGCAUACUGUUGUCAUGACUUCCUGUUGGGUAAAAGGGUGAAUAUCCCUGCGUGCUGGCACAGUUGGAUUUCUGGUGACUGACAGUGCACGAAAACCAAUGGCACCCCGUGUUGAAGGGGUUUAGAUUUAUUUUUUAGGUUUUGUUUUACUCCAUGCCUCCAUUGUUGUGGUCUGUCACUGCACAGAUGGCAAUGUGAUCUUUGAGAAGAUGUGAUGAGAGUCGACAUAACGGAAAGAAUGAGUGGAAGCUGUCCAGGAGAAUUAGUUGGGGGGGGGAAUGAAGCGUGCAGCUUCCUAGUUGAAUCACAUGAGGUUCUGUGGGUGAGUGUACGUGUGUGUAUACGCAAUGUGUGUGAGCGAGUGUGUGUUUGUGUUUGUAUGUUAUGACAGGAGAAUCUCUCCAUCGUCUCUUCUCUGAUGGUCAGAGGAGAGCGAGAGAGGAGGGGAAGCUUCUCACCCACUGUGUUCGUUCAUACUACUACAUCUCUUUUAACAAACUUGCUUUCUAGACACUCACAGGACCUUAAUGAUCCCUAAGCUGCUGAGAGCACAGGCGCACACACCCCAUAGCAAACGUGUGUUUUGCAGAGGAAAAAGUCUGCUCACCUUUUCUGAGAUUUCUGUGUAUGUCGCCCCAGAGAAUCGCCCGGUGCCCUCUUGCUCGCUAUCUCUGCCUUGUUAACCCAUUGAGGGCUCCCUCACGGGAUUUUCAUUCUGCUUUCUGUGGUGUCACUGCUCUCUUUACACACACACGCAUACACACACACGCAUACACACACACACACACACACACACACACUCUCACAAAUGCACAUACACGCACAGUAAAAAUUGUGUAUCAAUAUAUCUGGAUGUCAUUGUUUGCAACAUAAUGAAAUAAAAUUCUGUAAAUAUAA